AUGUUCGCUCGAUCAGCUCUCAGAACCACUGCCAUGGCUUCCAAAUCAAUGGUCGCUCGACAACAAAUGACUCGAAGAGCCUAUUCCGUUCCUACUGCUGAGCAACAACUGAAGAAAUUCUUCCACGACAGACCAGUACCAGUAGAUGCCUAUCCUCUUAUUGCCAUCACUGUCAUCAUGUGUUCUGCUGCCACCUACAUGCUUUCAAAACACAUAAUGGAAGACCACGAUCACGUACGAUGGGCACCUGGGAUGGGACAAGUAAAAUUUCAACUUCCCGGAUCCCAAUAA